AGCUUCGGAUUUUCCAUCAAUCGGAGGAGACGACACGGCUGCAGGCUGCAACCAAUCGAAACUCUCCCCGGCGGAGCAGCAGCAGCAGCAGCAGCAGAACCUAAGUUACUGGAUAUAUCGGAGCUCAUCGAAGUCGAUAUAUAUCAACAACCCGCCAUGAGAGCCGAGCGAAUGUUGAAUCUCCGAGGAGUGCCACAUCCGCUGGAACCGCUAUCCGUCGACGAGAUCAAUGCUGCGCGGGAUGUCAUCCGGAGGGCGCGUGUCGGCUCGACGCUGUCGGUGGUAUACCGGGACAUAACACUCGAGGAGCCGCCGAAGGCGUUGAUGGUGCCGUUCCUGGACGCCGAGCAUGCGGGAAAACUCACGGUCUGGGCCGACCGGCCGCCGCGGAUCGCAAAGGUGCUGUACGAUGUCGUGGCCGCCGAUAGGAAGUCGAUGGACUUUUGCUGCUCCAUGGUCAACGUCUUCACCGCUCACGAAUUGAGCUACGAAGUCAUCGACAAGCGGUUCCAUUCGCCCUUGAAUGCUGACGAGGUCGAGCUCUUCCCUAAAGUUGCCAUGGCUUCCCCCCUAUUCAAGGAUGCGCUGGCAGAACUCUCGUUGCCAAAAAACGUCCACAUUGUGAUUGACCCCUGGAUGUACGGCGGGUGGGAUCUUCCCGGCGAAACCAGCCCGCGGUGCAUGCAGGGCCUGGUGUACGCAAGGGAUCCGUCCACAAACAACCCGGACUCGAAUCACUACGCCUUCCCGCUGCCGCUGAUGCCCGUGAUGGACAUGGCCAGUGGACAGAUCAUCCGGGUGGACCGGCUGGCAACCGGCGGGAAGGAGGACGGGCUGAAGUACGGGACGGGGCCGAAAGAGGCGCUGCAACAUUGUCGGGCUUCGGAAUAUAUCCCCGAGCUGGUGGAGGGUGGGCUGAGACAGGAUUUGAAGCCGCUCAAUGUGGUCCAGCCGUUGGGACCGUCGUUUACCGUCACCGGGAACUCCCUGGUCACUUGGCAGAAGUGGAAGUUCAGAGUCGGGUUUACGCCGCGGGAGGGUGCCGUGAUACACGACCUGCGGUAUGAUGGGAGGAGUAUCUUUUACAGACUUAGCUUCAGCGAGAUGGCGGUACCGUACGGCGACCCCAGAGCGCCAUACCAUCGAAAACAGGCCUUCGACUUUGGAGACGGAGGCGCCGGCCGUGCGGCCAACAACCUCGAGCUAGGCUGCGACUGCCUGGGGUUAAUAAAGUAUUUUGAUGCCGCGAUGAGCGAUACAGCGGGCAACGGCGUCACCGCCAAAAACGUAGUGUGCAUGCACGAGGUCGACGACGGCAUCCUGUGGAAACACACCAACUACCGCACCGGCCGCGCCGUGGUAACCCGCAACCGCAAGCUGGUGAUCCAAUUCAUCAUCACGCUGGCCAACUACGAAUACAUCUUUGCGUACCACUUCGACCAAGCCGGGGGGGUCACUGUCGAAACCCGCGCCACAGGGGUCGUGAGCACCGUCCCCAUCGACCCGGGAAAGACCAGUCCGUGGGGCAACGUCGUCUCGCCCGGCGUGCUGGCGCAGAACCACCAACACCUAUUCAACCUCCGCAUAGACCCGGCAAUCGACGGCCACAGCAACUCCGUCAUCCAGGAGGAAUCCCACCCUGUGCCCUACACGCCGGAGCUCAACCCCUACGGCAACGCCUACGAAGUCCGCCAAACAGUCCUCGAUGUCUCCUGCGGUGUCAAUGCCGCCCCGGAGAAAGGCCGCCUCUUCAAGAUCGUCAACCCCAACGUCCAGAAUCCCAUCAGCGGCCGCCCAGUCGGAUACAAGCUUGUGCCGUCGCCAACACAGCUCACGCUCGCUCACCCAGACUCGAUAAUGGCAAAGCGAAUGGGCUAUGCGGAUCAUCACGUGUGGGUCACAAAGUAUAGGGAUGGCGAGCUGUUUGCCUCGGGGAAGUUCACGAACCAGAGCUCUGUCGAGUGCGGCGGCGUUAAAGACAUGGCCGCGCGCGGCGACAACAUCGAUAACGAGGACAUAGUAGUGUGGCACUCGUUUGGCCUAACUCACAAUCCACGAAUCGAAGACUUUCCAGUGAUGCCGGUGGAGAUCCACCAGAUCCACCUGAAGCCAGCGGACUUCUUCGUGCGCAACCCGGCGAUCGAUGUACCGUCGUCGAAAAAUAUGAGCUCGAAACUCCACGGCACUAGUAGUCCGGCAGCGCCGGCGGCGAAGGCACUCACGAUGGCCGAUGUCAUCAAGGAUGAUACGUCCGCUACGUGCACGCCGAAUAGAGGGCCCCCCCAGCAGUUGGAGAAGAUGAGGACUUGUUGUAAAUAAUAAUGUAAUAACGAAUGGCUGUUGAUAUUGAUGACGAUGACGGUAGAUCGUGGGGUGGAGGAGUAAAUAAUCAAGACAUGGCGGGUGAUGACAUCGAGACCGUCACAGCCCCAUUACUAGUACAUAC